AGGCUCCGAAGGGGCAUCAACUGAAAAUGUUCCGGGAUCUUUGCCAUAAUUUUCCCUCCGUUGCGAGAUCACUAUCGAGCAUCAAGGUCGAAGAUGAUCUAAGCUCCGCGAUGGAGAGAAAUAAACGAUAUUUCCAAGGAUACCUGAAUCUAGAGCCUACCGAUACUGCACUGUUCAUCAAUGGACUGUACUUCGAUCUCGAGGUGAGCGAUCUGUUCGUGCUCCUCGACUCAGUGAAGCAGGAAACAAAGUUACUCGAAGGUUUGCACGAUGCUGGCUUCUCCGCGGAAACAAUCCAGAAGAUGAUGAAGUUGGAUCUCAAUUCGAAGAACUCGAUAUAUGCCGUCGAUAUCCGUGAUUCAGCUGUGCAAUACGUGAAUGAUAUCGAAUCGGAUCCGGAAUACAGGACUUGGCCCAAAAGUCUGAAGGACAUGCUGAGACCGACUUAUCCUGGCAUGCUCAGGUCCGUGAGGAGGAAUAUGUACCAUCUCACGAUCGUUGGGGAUCCGGCUUCCCCAGAGGCUCAAGAUAUGUUCAAAUUCGCUGAAAGCUUCUUUACGCACCGGGCGCCGGUCAGGAUCGGUUUCGUGUUCGCCGUGAAUCAAGACUUGCAAGUCAAUGGCUUGAAUGAUGGUGGUGUUGCCAUGCUCAACGCCUACAACUAUAUCGCACAGAACAAAAAGCCGAUCGAUGGAUUGGCUUUCAUCACUGAAGUAUACGCCAGUCAAGCGGAUGGAUACAUAGAAGCGGAGAGUGUAUGCAAGCUUUUCCGGAGCAAGUAUCCGGAUACCGAGCUGGAUUCGGUUUUUGGCUCGGAAAGUGAAUACGACACAGGGCGCCUGCUUGCAUGGGAUUUCAUCAAUCGAACGGGCAUCGGUGGCGACUCUCCGUCAGCAAUGCUCAACGGAGUUCUCCUGAAGCGUGAAAAUCUGAAGGGUGAGGUAUUCGAGGAAGCCGUGUUGACGGAAGUGAUGAAGCAAACACCGAAGAUCCAGAAAGCUAUCUACAAGGGUGAAUUGGUUGAGGACGACAAUGUCAUCGAUUUUCUCAUGACUCGGGAAAAUGUCAUGCCGAGACUCAAUGAAAGAAUCCUAAAUGCGCCGGAUAAGGAUCUCACCACUUUCGUGAGUCUAGUGGGAAGGGAGACUGACAUCGAUGCUAGCUCGCUCGCCGAGCUCUCAUCUGCGGACAUGGGAGCGAGCUUCGCGGCCAAACUGAAGUAUGUUGGGCAGGCGAAACUUUCCCCCCUGUCCGUGUGGGUGGUUGCCGAUUUGGAGUCUGAAAGGGGAAGAGAGAUUUUCGGACAAGCCUUGGAGCACUUGGAGAAUAGUCAUGACGCUCGUUUUGCCUUCAUAUACCACAACAAAGAUCACAAAGUCGGUGAGCUCGUUGAAUCUGCGCUGGAUUCCCUCCGCCCGACUGAAGCGACAUCAUUUCUAACCAAACUCUUCAGGAACUGGAAGGAAAUCGAAAGCGGCUCGCUGAGAGCAGAGCAGCUGGUCAAAAAUGACAAGCUCAACUUACUCGGAGAAGAAGCCGUGCGUAAAACAGUCCAGUUGCACGCAGCGUUCGCAACAACCCUACGACUUGCUCCGGAAUCGAGAGCUGUGAUAAUCAACGGGAAACUACUCGGUCCACUAGGGGAAGACGAGGCUUUCACCGCGGGAGAUUUUAACCUCUUGGAGAAGUACAGCAUGAGCUUGUACGGAAGCAAAUUGAGGGAUCUCGUGAAGAAUAGCGACUCUGCCAUGAGAGCCAGUUCGGUGCUACAGAAGUACGCCCAGAAUAAAGUUCGUCACGACAUAAAGUACGCGACGGACAAACACGCUGUCAUCGAUACCCCGGCGAAGCUUCCUCAGCAAGCGGCUCACGAGAUCACGGCUAUCGUUGAUCCGGCUUCAAGGGGCGCGCAGAAACUCUCGCAAGUUCUGAUUCUAUUGCAACGAGUCAUGAAUGCGAACGUAAAGGUGUUCUUCAACUCUGCUCAAGGACAGAAAGAAUUGCCGCUGAAGACUUACUACAGGUUCGUUGCUCACGCCGAACCUCAGUUCGGACCAUCGGGGGAGUUAUCAGCACCACGUGCCGUGUUUACGGGCCUUCCUUCGAAACCAGUGCUCACCUUAGCGAUGGCGACUCCGGAAAACUGGCUCAUUGGAGCAACUAGAUCGCUGUAUGACUUGGACAAUAUACGCAUGGCUGACGUGGAGACUAGAGUCAACGCGGAGUUCGAGCUGGAACAUCUCCUCGUCGAAGGCCACUGCUUCGAUGCGUACAGCGGAUCCCCUCCCAGAGGAUUGGAGUUCACGCUGGGAUCCCCUGCCGACCCGGUCAUGUACGACACUAUCGUCAUGGCUAAUCUGGGCUACUUCCAAUUGAAAGCAAAUCCAGGUAUCUGGUUCCUGAGGAUCCGAGAUGGUCGGAGCAGCGAACUUUAUGAUGUCACAAGCACAGAAAACACCGAGAAAUGCGGUGAAGAGGUCGCUGUUCUGGUCACCAACUUCCGCUCGAAGGUCCUCAAAGUCAGGGUGCAGAAAAAGUCCGGAAAGGCGAACGAAGAACUUCUGGUUGAGGACGACGGGGACGAAGACGGCAUAUGGAACUCUAUCACCAGCUCUUUAGGGGGCCGGUCGAAGGGAGACAAGGAGAACGAAGAGGAAGAUGUCAUCAAUGUAUUCUCCGUCGCGACGGGUCAUCUCUACGAGCGUUUACUCAGGAUUAUGAUGUUAUCCGUUCUGAAGAACACAAACACGAAAGUGAAGUUCUGGUUCUUGAAGAAUUACCUCUCGCCUUCUAUGAAAGAUAUUCUGCCGUUUUACGCGGAAAAAUAUGGCUUCGAGUACCAGCUGGUUGAAUACAAAUGGCCGAGAUGGCUCAAUCAGCAAACGGAGAAACAAAGGAUCAUCUGGGGUUACAAAAUCCUUUUCCUCGAUGUACUAUUCCCGCUGAGCGUGAAGAAAAUCAUAUUCGUCGACGCUGAUCAGAUCGUCCGUGCUGAUUUGAAAGAAUUGAGAGAUCUGGACUUGGGUGGAGCACCGUAUGGAUACACUCCUUUCUGCGAGAGUCGGGAAGACAUGGAUGGUUUCCGUUUCUGGAAAAGAGGAUAUUGGUCGCAACACCUUGGGUCGCGUAGAUAUCACAUCAGCGCGUUGUACGUAGUCGAUCUGAAAAAAUUCCGAAGAAUAGCGGCUGGCGAUCGUCUCCGUGGCCAGUACCAGGGCCUCAGUCAAGAUCCGAAUUCGCUGUCGAACCUGGAUCAGGACCUACCAAACAAUAUGAUACACCAGGUCGCCAUCAAAUCCCUCCCACAGGAAUGGUUGUGGUGCGAGACGUGGUGCGACGACGCUUCGAAGCCGCAGGCAAAAACUAUCGACCUGUGCAACAACCCUAAAACCAAGGAGCCGAAACUGGUAGCAGCCGCUCGCAUCGUACCCGAGUGGACGUCAUACGACGAGGAGCUGAAAAGCCUCAUCGAUACGUUCGAGUUGCGACGUGCCAAGCCAACAACACCGGGCGAGAAAACACACAAGGAACGCGCUGAAUCCGAUCGGAAGGAUGCCGUGUUCCACUCAGAACUCUAGUGAGCGUUGAUGUUUCUUACAAUUCCAGCAAGUGAUACGACCUGUUUCUGCUGUAAAAAGUAGUUAAUCCUAACCGAAGCAAGCGCGUCGCGAACAUAAGUUAGUGUAUGGUUCAGUCGAUUGAGGGAACGAAAGGGUGGGUGAUACAUCAGAAGGGGAGGAGCGCAGGUCGGCGAAAAUGUAAAGAAUCGUAUGGAUCGAAAUAAACUCACUUACUCGGUUGUACAAAAAAAAUUCUGAA